CAUAAGUCGACCAAAGAUUGCAUUCCUGCUCCAGUGCAAAGCAAAAGCAUCUGGAUUACAGUUGCUCUUUUCUUUUUGCUGUUUCAGUUUUGGUGAAAAUAGUUAGAAAUAGCCAUGAUGGCCCAACGCAACUAUUUCCACAUUUCCCGCUCUGCCAUCGGCAGCACAUCACCUUUCACCAUGUCUCAUGGAAAGCCUCAUCCAAUAGAUUUUAACAAUAAGCAAAAAAGUACCCUCAGGGAGCAUAAUGGGCUUCAAGAUAUUGCCCCAUUGGUGCAGAGUGUGGAGGAAACUCCAGAACCUAUCCCUACUACCAUCAAAGGCACAAUCCCUACAUGGAUCUGUGGAAAUCUUCUUCGCAAUGGCCCUGGAAAGUUUGAGUUUGGAAAUCAACAAUUUAAUCACUGGUUUGAUGGAAUGGCAUUGAUGCACCGCUUUCAUAUUGCUGAUGGUCAAGUGACCUAUAGGAGUCGUUUUCUGCGCAGUGACUCCUACAAGCAGAACAGUGAGAUGAAUCGAAUUGUGGUGUCCGAAUUUGGCACUCUUGCUUUCCCUGACCCAUGCAAGAAUAUCUUCCAGCGCUUCAUGUCCUUCUUUGAGAGGAUGAAGCCAACAGACAACACUAACGUGAGCGUCAUCAAAUACAAAGGUGACUACUAUGUCAGCACAGAGACUAACUUUAUGUACAAAAUUGAUCCGUGCACUCUGGAAACAAAAGAGAAGGUGGACUGGAGCAAGUUCAUUGCCGUUAAUGGUGCAACCGCCCACCCCCAUGUUGACCCAGAUGGUACAGCCUACAACAUGGGCAACUCCUAUAGCAGGAAAGGUGCUUUUUACAACAUUAUCAGAGUGCCCCCAAGGAAUGAAGACCAUGAUGAUACACUGCAGGGGGCAAAGGUGCUGUGUUCCAUUUCUCCUGCUGAUAAAAACAAACCUUCCUAUUACCACAGCUUUGCCAUGUCUGAGAACUAUGUGGUGUUCGUCGAACAGCCCAUAAAGAUGGACCUUCUUAAGAUAGUGACAUCUAAGAUGAGGGGGAAAGGCAUAAGUGACUGUAUCUACUGGGACCCAAAACAAGAGACUGUCUUCCAUGUUGUAAACAAACAUAAUGGAAAGGUGCAUCCAGUGAAGUACCACACCACGGCUCUAUCCACCUUUCACCAGAUAAAUGCGUUUGAGGAGGAUGGCUUCCUUAUAGUGGAUAUGUGCUGCUCAGAUGAUGGCAAGGCCCUUAAUAUCUAUUAUCUUCAGAACUUGCGCAAGUCUGGAGAAGCACUGGAUGAGGUAUACAAAAGCAUAGACAAAUUUUUUCCUCGCCGCUUUGUUCUGCCUUUGUGCAUUACCAAUGAUACUCCACUGAACCAGAACCUCAACACACGGCCAAACAGCUCUGCUUCUGCAGUCUGCCUCAGCAAAGACAAGGUGUUCUGCAUGUCUGAGGAUCUCUAUGACAAUGAACUGCUGGAUUAUGGUGGUUUGGACUUCCCACACAUUCACUAUGAUCGAUGCAACACCAAACCAUACCGUUACAUCUAUGGCUGUGGCUUUGGUCACCUGAUUGCAGACUCGCUGAUCAAAAUAGACCUGGAGAGUAAAAAGCUAAAGGCAUGGUAUCAGUCAGGCCUCUAUCCAUCUGAGCCUGUGUUUGUCCCCUCACCUAAUGCAGAGGAAGAAGAUGAUGGAGUCAUCCUCUCUGUUAUCCUCACACCCACUGAGGAUAAAGGUACUUUCUUGCUGGUUCUGGAUGCUAAGACGUUUGAAGAACUGGGUAGGGCUAAAGUGCCUGUUAACAUUCCCUCAGGCUUCCAUGGAACCUUUAACACUUUGGUAUAGAACAGAUCUCAUAUAGGGUAAUAAGAGGCUUCAACUCCUGCCAUGUUUAUAAGUUACUUCACUAACAAAUUUUUGCCAUUGGCAAACAUAAAUCAGCUUCUGCCACUGUUUCAUAGGGUGUUCCCCAGGUAUCAGAACUUGUUUUCACCACUUUGCUGAUCAUCCUUAAUGUACAAAAACAUACACUCAACUUUUCUCUUCUCACAACACUAUUGUUUUUAUUGUUGUAUGUCUUUUAUUGUUCUACUUCAUAAUUGUUUCUUUUUAAUGCUGUACAGAUCAUGUCAUUUGUAUGCAACUUGGGUUAGGUGCCAUAUAAUUCAAAUUUGUCAAUUAGUAUUACAACACAGUGGAACAUGCUGCCUUGAUUGUGGCUUUGGAAGACAUUAAAGGCACAGUUAAAGAUAUCAGUCACUACUUUGUAACCAUUAUUGUAACCAUUGUACCUAAUGUUGUGCUUUAGAAACCUGUGUUCAGCAGUGUCAAUUCAAAAUUGUAUUUUCUUACAUGAAUUUAAAAUAUAUUACUCAUCUGUCCA